AUGGCUAUGGCUGCGUCUGGCAGUGGCGGAGAUUUGAUAAAUAAUCGGAGUAAUGGACCCGGUGAUUUAAUGGAAUUUGAACCCUCUGAUACUACACAUAGGAAAGGCAACAAUGACAAAGAUUUUAACAAAAGAAGAGCCCCAGAUAACUAUGACUCUGAAAGUCAAUUGAAAAAAUUCAACGCAGGACAACAGCAGCAGCAACAGAUUCAACAACAACACUCUACAGAAGAAACGCCUUACAACACAGGAAAAAAUGAAAUGACCAACUCCAAUAGCAAUAAUAAUACCCCUUUAGUGCCUAUUGUAUACUAUAGAGAAAAUAUACCUGGACCUUACAGUGUGUGGGUAAGGAGUACAGUAUCAAAUAAGGAAGUGAGUCAAUUCAAAAUAGGCAGUCUAGUCUAUAGAAAAUAUGACAGCAUUAAAAAUAUAUGUAGAAGAAGCAGAUCCAAAGUAGAGAUCAUUGUCACCUCUAGGACUCAAGCUAACACUCUUGCUAAUGACACCUCUUUUAAAAAACACGACCUUGAAACUUAUGUUCCUGGGUUCAGAAGAACCAGAAAAGGAGUCAUAAAAGGUAUUGAUUUGGAAUUCUCUGAUGAAGACAUAUUGGAUGGUAUAACCUGCUCAGGACCAAUGAAAGUGAUGGAGGUACGUAGAAUGAGCAGAAAGAACAAACAACACUCUACUCAGGAUGUAAAUGAUUCCAAAUGGAUUCCAACCAAAUCAAUAGUAUGUACCAUAGAAGGUCAAAAGCUCCCAGAACAUGUAUAUAUUUUUGGAGUAAGAGUCAAAGUCGAACCGUACGUACAAAAAGUCAUGCAGUGCUAUAACUGUCUCAAAUACAGGCAUACAGCUAAAACGUGCAGAGGAAAAUCUAGGUGUUUCAAUUGCGGUGAUCUCAAACAUGAAGGUGCUUGUGCACAUACUGCUCCUCGUUGUGCUAACUGCAGCCAAGAAGGCUUAAGUGAUACUAACCACAAGAGCAUAGACUCAUCUUGCCCAAUCUUUAUAGCCCACAAAAAAAUCAACAACAUCAUGGCUUAUGAUAACGUAACAUUUGCUGAAGCUAAAGAUGCAGUGUUCCCAAACAAAUCUGCACCACCGACCAGAAGUCUCACAGGCAAAUCAGCUGAACAGUACCCACCAUUAAAUAAAGAAUCAAAUUAUUCUGACUUUAAUAAAAUCAAUAGUUUGGAGAAUAAAACCACCACAAAAAUCAGAUCCUCCAAUAAUCAAGUUUCAAAUCAGUCUCCUUCUGGAAAACAGGCCAUCCUGUCACAUCCAACGACCAGCAACAAUAAUAGCAACAACAACAACAACGGAAACAGCAACAGCAACAAGAAUCGUACAGGAAAAAGCACACUGACAACUAACAAUCCUGAGGGUCAAGAUGGAAAUUUCAACACCAACUUGGCCUCAACGACCAAGAAACUUUACAACCGUCUUCAUCAAGAACAAUUAAACAAUAUCAACGGUUCUACACGUGACCCACUUUUUGAUUUUUGCAACCCUCCAACUUAA